GGCGCUGCGGGGCUUGAGUGUCGGGUCCAUGCGUCCCGCCAAGGGCCGCAGGAGAUCUGCGGGGGCUGGUGCUGGCCGUGCACGGCGACCUCAUGUCUCAGCCCUGGACGAGUUCCCAGACGAGCUGGGUGCGGCGCUGCGCGCGUCUGUGCAGCCAGAGGCGGCCAAGUAUGAAGCCAACCCGGGUCUGGCGAAGCUGCCUUGCCCGCUGGCCAUGUGGGAGCUGGGCCACUGCGACCCCCGCCGCUGCACCGGACGCAAACUGGCCCGCCUGGGCCUGGUGCGUUGCCUGCGCCUAGGCCAGAGGUUCGGGGGCCUAGUGCUCAGCCCCAUGGGCUCCCAGUACGUGUCCCCCGCAGACAGGUCGCUGGUAGCCUCAUCAGGGGUCGCAGUCAUUGACUGCUCCUGGGCCAGACUAGAAGAGACACCUUUUGGGAAGAUGAGGGGCAGCCACCAUCGCCUGCUGCCCCACCUGGUAGCUGCCAACCCUGUGAACUACGGCCGACCCCAUAAGCUGUCCUGCGUGGAGGCCUUUGCAGCCACCUUCUGCAUCCUGGGUUUUUCUGACGUGGCUGCCGCUUUGUUGGGGAAGUUCAAGUGGGGCCCCGGCUUCCUGGAGCUGAACCAGGCACUCUUGGAGCAGUACGCAGCCUGCAGCGGCCCUAAGGAUAUCGAACAGGCAGAACAGCGCUACUUGGCCCAGGCCACAGAGCAACCCAAGGAAGAGAUUGACCCUUUUGAUGUGGACUCGGACCGAGUGUGUGCAAACCUCAACAGGCCUUCAGCUGGCACCAGGUUGCCCUCAGACAGCAGUGACAGUGACAGCGACAGCAGCGAUGAUGGUGAGGAUAAUUCUGAGGAAUCAGAAUCGGACGCUGAGGACAAGGGAGGCAACGAUGGGCUUGAAGCAGCGGCUGCAGAACUGGGGGGUCAGGGUCCCCCCACAGACGCAUCCAGGACCCAAGACAUGGCAGACUGACUGAGCUUGCACACAGUUGUAUUUCGCAGGCAGGACAGUGGCAGCAUGUGGGGUGUGGGCCUGAUGGGUGACAGGCCUGGGACAGCACCAAUGCUCAAUUCUCCCAGGCCUGGGGCUGUGUGGGACCCUUCCAAUGAAGCUGUGGCCAAGCAAA